AUGCAAUUCCCCACACCCAUAACACAAACAAUCAUACACAAUGGGCGAGCCCGCAAACCUUCCAUACAUUCGAGUUCAGCUAUGCAUCAAGAAGAAAGACGAAGUGUCUGACAAAUUUUUCCACGACUACUGGAAAGGCAACCACGUCAAGCUUGCACUAGAGAAUAAGAAAUUCGUUGACAAGGUCAUCCGAUACAAUCAGUUCCACACCUCUCCAAGCUUAAAAGCACAGGCCGGAGAGUUCAAAAUUCCUGUACCAGAAUAUGACGGCAUUGCAGAAGUAUGGGUCAAAGACAUUGAAACCUGGAAGGAGAUAGCAACGGAUCCCGACUUUAUCGCUACAAUUGCGCCUGAUGAGGACAACUUCAUCAAAGCACCUAUUCAUAUAAUGCUGGGGUACGAUAACACCGUCAUUGGGGAUGCUGUUAAGAACAAGCUAUGA